AUUAAAACCCUUAAUAUAUAAUAAGUUAAUUUUUUUAUUUUUUAUUUUUUUUUUGUUACGAAAAUAUAAAAACCCUUAGUACAAAAGUAAGGAAACAAGUACUACGUAGUAUAAUGAGUUGUUACCGCCAAAAAAACACAAUAAACAAUUAUAUCACUCCUUCCUAAAAAACAUAAAAUUAUAUCACUCCUUAUUUUCGUGCUACUCGAUACUCUUCAUCCUCACCAAAAGAAACAAAAAACGAAGGGAAAACGAAAGCCAUAAUUCAGAACUUCAGAUCAAACCAUCGUCGUCCUCAUCUGUCGCCGUUGCGCCAUCCAUCUCCUCCCGGCAAAGAAAAAGGAUGGAAUUUUACCAACGGCUGCUGAAGUCUAUGAGAGCACUCAUUCGGUUUGUGUGGGAAAUGAUGAAGUUGAAUUGAUGGGUGACAAGUCUCAAAAAUUCAUGGGAGAAUAUAUGGAAAAACUUGAGGAAUAUAAGAACAAAGGAAUUUGGAUAAACCCCGACAAAGUCUACUUGGAGGUUGUAGAUGGGCAAAAGAAAGGAAAAGUCUACGAUUUAGGGAGUGCUUCACAAAUGUAUUACAAGAGCGAUCAUACUUCUCAAUCUACUGCAUCACCUUCCACUCCUUCCAUGAUUUCUCAAUUAAGUUCUCAAGUUGAAGAACUAAAGAAGAUGGCGGAAGAAAACCAUAACAAGGUGGAAGAAAGCCAAAAAAUAGCGGCAGAGAGCUUAAAAUGUGCUAAGGAAUUCGUCGAAAAUCAUGAGAUCGAAAAAGCUACAUGGAAGAAGGAAAAAUUAGCUAUGCAAAAUACAUUGCAGGAAACGGCAUCACUUGUAAAACAAGUUUACCGUCCUUAUAAGCCUCCUACGCCUGCAGUCACCCGCUCUCGUGAUACAACUAAGUGAUUUUAAUUUUUUUGGUGGUAAUUUUAUGAACUGGUCUUUUACAUUGUCAUUAGUUCUUAUUUGAAGCAGCAUUUUUUAUAUGGGAGGUGACUUUUGGAACAAUUAGUCAUAUGAGUUAAAUAUUGUUUUUUAAUACAUUGAUACAAAAUUGAUUAUAUUUUGGAUAUUUGAAUAAAAUUAACAUUUUGGUUAUUUGAAUUUA